CGUGCUGAAGGAAAAUAACAUGGAACCUCCUAAGAAAAGAAAGGGCGCUUCUUCUUAAAUUAUUAUUUUGUCGUCUCCUAUCGCUUUCCACGGGGGAAGAUGCUCAAAGACUGUGAUUUUAAGACGUGAAGGUCAUUGUACACCAGAUUCUUGUAAAUCCCACCUGGCAAAGUGUGUGGAGCUCUUGAAUAACUACACCUGUCAGUGUGUGUUUGGAUAUUAUUACAAUGUCGACAAAUGCUGGCAAGGAAAACCUUUCUCUGGAAAUAUGAAAUAUAACGUUGACAUAUCAGAAGGUGGCAAAUCAAGCACAGAUUUAAAAAUGUAUACAACAAUCUACAAUAACAUUACGUCAAUGUUCUAUUUAGCGUUCAAUGGUACAUCUGGCUACAGAGAGACAACUGUGUUGCAAAUCAGAGGCAAUAAUGCAAGAAAUAUGUACAGUGUUCGAGAGAGUACAGCUGUGUCUGUCGAAUUUGUAAAUAUAUUUUCAAUGGAGUCUGAUGUCAACAAAAGUGAAGUUGAUAAGAAAAUCGGAGUAUACUUGGAAGCAAAUGGAAUACAGGGAUAUACAUCUAAGAACAACUGUGACUAUUUUAAUUGUGAUAGUACAACAUCCACAUGCAAAGAAGAUGUUACACCAAAUUGUCACUGCAGAGAUGGAUAUUAUAAAAUAGACCUUCUUGACAAGUCAUGCAUAACUUCAACAGAUUUUGAAAUGAUCACUAUUAUAGUGGGUGUUGUAUCAGCAGUUAUUAUACUGGGUUUGGCUGGAGGUCUCAUAGCUGUGGCAAUAAGGCGGAAAGGCUCUGAGGACAAUAAGGAUGAUUAUGAGGAUACAGUUCUUGUCGCAAAAAAACCAAGCGCGAUGUUUGGUCUCCAGAAUCCAGCCAUGGCUAACAGUCAUGUUACCAUCCCCUUUGCGUUCCCAAAGGUGCAAGCAGCUAGUGGCUGGAAUCAGAGCAGCCAGGUAAAGAGGAAUGGGCUGGAUCCAGGCCCCCCUUCUAACCCACGACUGGGUAAUGGUUACGAUGAUGAUCAGGAGGAGGAGGAUGACGUUCACGUAAGCAGAAAUAAGGGAAGGAUUGGAAACCGCAGCCAGACAAAUCCAUAUAACAAUCCCUACUCAACUGGGCCAGUGAAACAAACCUACCAAACCAAAACCAACGGGAUGAAAUAUGGAUCUCCUGCUGUUCCAAAAAUGGAUUAUGAUGAUGAUGAUGAUUAUCAUUAUCGUGAUAUGAGAGGUUCAUAUGGCAUGCAAAUGAAGCCUUAUAACAACGCAGCUCCAAGGGCAACACUGGACUACAGCUACCCUGGAAGCAGGAAAUACUAAACACCAGCCCAUCAGAACCUCAGUGUGACUGCAUACAAUACAGACAUGCCAAUGCUUUAGGAAUACAGCUCCAUGUUUUAUUUUAUCAGAAGAUAUGACCAUGUCCACAAUAUACAAUGUUAUUUUAUCAUUAAGGAUUAAUUUACACUAUUUUAACAUGAACAGAUAAUUGAGCAGGAUCACAUUUAUCUACUUGCUUUAUCAAAGUUUAGAGGAACUGAUUCAUAGGAAUGGUAAGGGGUAAAGUGUUAAAAUACAAAAUGAAUGUACAAAUUUAAUAUGAUUAACUUUAAGCUUGGAAAAUAACAGGUUGAAAAUUUGGAAUGAUAUUUAUCAAUCAUACAAAAAAUACAAUUUUAACUGUUUGGCAUUGUGUAAAAAUAGAUGGGUCAAUGCACAAUCUUGAGAAUUAUUAAUUUUGUGUCGUGUUUAGAACCAAUCAAAUGACUUGCCUGUUGUAAGUGUUCAUAUUUUUGCAGUGUUUAAAAAUAAUAAACCCUUG